AUGGCAACAACACCGCCAUCGUCCACCGUGUCCCAUACCGGACCUGCAGCAGUUAACAUCCUCCCCAACUCGGCCGCGCAGGCAUACGCUCAUGUCCACCCAACUCUCCUAUUAGCAGUGUAUGCCAUUCGAUUUCCGGCUUUGGUGGCCGAUCCUGCCUCGACAUUAUUGAACGAUUUACCCCUCUACACUGCGCUGCAGGUCGUUUAUGUGGUCACUUGCCUACCGCAAGCUGGCUCUGUUCACCAUCAUCAUACACAUGAAGGCGACAGUGAUGUAGGAGGAAUAAAACCCGGCAAAGCGCCGUAUAGGAAGAAGCAUGCAUCAGCUAAUAAUAAGUCGGAUACACUCUUCCAAAAACUGACUGCGGCAUUCCUCUCUCUCACAUUAACCCUCCUUCUCGGUACACCCGCUCUAGCCCUCCUACUCAUCCUCUUCGGCGCCCCCUUCACAACACACAACGCCCACACCAUCCUGUGCGCGGCACACAUGGCGCUUUUAUCCGUGACUCCGCUCGUGUAUGUCCACGGCGUCGAGGGCAGUGCGUGGAAGGAAAUCUGGGCGUUUGCGCGUCCAUCCGAUGCCGUUUGGGGCGGUGCUUUGGGUGCUUGUCUCGGGGCUUGGUUAGGUGCUGUUCCGAUUCCGUUGGAUUGGGACCGUCCGUGGCAGGCUUACCCAAUUACGAUUCUAACGGGGGCGUAUCUCGGGUAUGCGUUGGGUCAAUUGAUUGGUCGGACUCCUUUGCUGUAUGGAAAGAGGGUGGAAUUCGCUUGA